CCCCAUGAAAUAAUUUUCCAAAUUAUGAAUGCCCAAGCAUACUUAUCGCCGUUUAUGCAAUGGACGGUGGUGAAGAGAAGUAGAUGGUGCGUGCAAUUCAAUUAACUUUUUUGUAGUGGGGACACCGCCGUCCAUCUCUACCAAGCCAAAGCCGUUGAGGUAACGUCGACGUCCUCGUGCCAGUUGUUCGCUAGAUGCGCCGAUGACAUCGUAUCCGUUGGUAGGUACUCUGACUGCUUAACGGCCGUCGAUUAGGGAUAUGAAGAAGAAGAGCAUAAGAGUACAGUGAAUCACGAAUGGCAGCUGCGGGUUGAUUCCAUGGAUUGCUGCUGUGUUGUGAGCUCUUCGUCUUUUGUUUUUGCAAGGACGACCAGAUCGUGGGGUCAUCGUCACCGUCCAACUACCAUUAGUAGCAGUCUCAUAGGAAGACAGGAGGGAAACUUUUUUUGUGUUAGAAUUAUUACAUCGUGUUCUACUGCGGGUCGCCAUGGCUACCGUUUCACUCAAAUUGCUAAGAGACAACGCCUCCCGUCUUUCAAAUGUGUUGCCACCAACCCAACUACGGUUAGGAAUGUGGAGAAAAGCAAGUUCGACUUGUUGACAGCCGUGCAGGACACACAGCGCGGGCUUGUGGCCACGCCCGAUCAACGCGCUCAAAUUGAAGAAAUUCUGGUUAGUGUUGAAGGGUUUGAUGCUGGGUCUCCAAUUGAUCUUCCCCAGCUAGAUGGCACAUGGCGCUUGCAGUAUACUUCUGCCUCUGAUGUCCUUGUAUUGUUAGAGUCCGCAAAACUUCCAUUCCUUCAGGUGGGACAGAUAUUCCAAAAGUUUGAAUGCCGAGACCGUAAUGAUGGAGGAAUUGUGCGAAAUGUUGUGCGUUGGAGCAUUUCAGGGGUUUUCGAAAAAAACGAAGGAGCAACUUUGUUGGUUACUGCAAACUUUUCAGUUGUCUCUACGCGAAAUAUACACCUUCGAUUUGAAGAGGUGGGUGUUGAAGAUAUAAGGAUCAGCGAAGAGCUUCAGGCUCUGAUCGCCCCUGCAUUUCUCCCAAGAACAUAUUUUACCUUUGAGGUCUUGCAGUUCAUUCGUAGUUUCAAAGCACAAAUUCCUUUAAGCAGCCCAGACAGGCGAUCAGUCGGAGGAUUGUAUUACCUUUCAUAUUUGGAUAGAGAUAUGCUAUUGGGUCGCGCACUUGGUGGCGGGGGUGUUUUUGUUUUCACUAGAGCGCAACCUCACACGCUAUGAAGUACUCUCUCACACAAACAAAGAAGUGUCAAACGAAGAUCCUUCUACCAUUCUUUUUCAUACAAAAAGAAAGAAUGGAAAUAUUACCAACACACAAUCUACCACUCGUAUGUGGAAUGCACCCUCAGCAGUCCAUUGUUAACAAUAUAGGGUUGAUAUGUAUUCGGCACCAUCUGUAUGUGAAAACUGCAUUAACGAAAGGAUAUGCUGCUCUUGCAGGAGCAUAUUAUCCAUUUGCUCCUUAGAUAAAACACAGGCUAAGAGUAAUUUUUUGAGCAUCAAAUUUUAGGGAUGUAGCCUAAAAUUUUAGAAUUAGAGUUGGGUGGGCGAAAUGGAGAUGUGCAAUCAGGAUUUUAUGUGCUCGCCGCAUACUAAUGAAGCUGAAAGGGUAAUGUGAGAUUC